UCUGUUUUUAAGACGGUCCGAAGUACAUGGUAGUAGGUUUAACGUGAAGAGUUGGGCUAGUAAGUUACUAUUCCAGAUAAUGCACACUCCACAAUCUCGAAAAUACAACAUCCACGGGACGAACGUGUGUGGUCAUUAGUGAACCCGAAGAGCUAUAGAUAGUUAGCUAACGCCCCCUUGUUUUGACGUUGGAAAAAAAAGACGGUGGACAGUGGUUUGCUAGUUACCUUAGCUAGCUAGCUGGGUCUUCUACAAGGAAUUUGGUAAUCUGAAGUGUCUGGACUUCAUGCUGUCCUGCCAAUGACUGCACUGUCAUUGUUACCACAGGCCAACAUGACUGGAGAGACGGAGACGUUGAUGGAGGAAAUAGAGGAGAGUUUACACCCUCUAACUGAGGACAAUCUAAGAUAUCUGUGUGAACGCUGUGGAAUGGAUGCCUCAGAAUUUAAAGGGCAGAACCAUCGCUCAUUGCGUCGUAAACUCAUGGAGGAAAUGUGGGAAAAUGCUGAUUCUGAUGAAUCGGAGGAGCAGGGAGUGGCUUGGUUACUCCAACUGAAAGAGGACAUCAGGAAAAUACGGGAAGAAUCUUCUGUGGCUCCAAUGAGUCCCAGCCAAUCUGAUGAUGACAAAGCUAGUAAAAACAAUGGGGACAGCCCUAACAGUCACUCGCUCAGUGAUGGGGGCGUAUCAUCUGACAAGGGUCCAGAAUCAAAAGUGUUCCAUCGACUUUAUACCUGUGAUUUAUGUGAGAAGAGUUUCACUCAGUCAGGAAACCUAAAAAGACACCAACGAACACACACAAGAGAGAAACCUCAUGUGUGUGAUAAGUGUGGGAAGAGUUUUGCUCGAGCCGAUUACCUGACUGAGCACAAGCUAACGCACACAGGAGAGAAACCCCAUAACUGUGAUAUAUGUGGGAAGGGCUUUAAUCGGCCCAACUGCUUGGCCGAACACAAGCUAACACACAAUGGAGAUAUACUUCACAGACACAUCUGCUCAGACUGUAGCAAGAGCUUCCUUACACCAGCACAGUUAAAAGUCCACCAGAGAACCCACAGAGGGGAGAAUCCUUACAGGUGUGAUCUCUGUGCAAAGAUAUUUGCUAAUUCAGCUUGCCUGAAUUACCACAGGCGUACGCACACUGGAGAGAAACCACAUAGCUGUGACCAAUGUGGGAAGAGUUUUGCUCGAGCUUAUUACCUGACUGAACACAAGCGUAUACAUAGUGGAGAGAAGCCACAUGUAUGUGAUACCUGUGGAAAGGGCUUUCUUUGGCCUAGAGUCUUGGCUGCCCACAAAUUGACACACACUGGAGAGAUGCCAUACCACUGCCCAGACUGUGGGAAGAGCUUUUAUACACCAGCAAAGUUGAAAGAGCACAAACGAACACACACUGUAGAUAACCCUUACAAGUGUGAUCUCUGUGGAAAGAUCUUUGCCUCUUCUGGUGCCCUGACUUAUCACCGGCGUAUUCACACUGGAGAGAAACCAUACAGCUGUGAUCUGUGUGGGAAGAGCUUUGCUUCUUCAGGAGCUCUAACUAAACACAAGCGUAUUCACACAGGAGAGAAACCUUACAAGUGUGGCAUGUGUGGGGAAAGGUAUGCUCGUUUGGGAUCCCUGACUAUUCACAAGCGUAUUCACACUGGAGAGAAACCAUACAGCUGUGAUAGAUGUGGAAAGAGCUGCAGAACUAUCACAGCCCUGAAUGAACACAUGCGCGCACACACAGGUGAGAAACCUUUUGUCUGCCAUAUCUGUGGAAUUAGUUUUACUCGACAAAGCAACCUGAAUGUACACAUGCGCAGGCACACAGGAGAGAAACCUUACAGUUGUGAUCAAUGUGGGAAGAGAUAUGCUCAUCGAGGCGAUUUGAAAGUACACAGGCGCAUACACACAGGAGAGAAACCCUUCAGCUGUGAGCAGUGUGGAAAGAGCUUUCCUCGGUCAACGUACUUGACUAUCCAUAGACGCUUUCACACUGGAGAGAAACCUUUCAGCUGUGAUGUUUGUGGUAUUAAGUUUGCUCAGUCAAGCUCUCUGGCAACACAUAAGAGGAGAAAUCACACAAGAGACAAGCCUUAUACGUGUGACACAUGUGGUAAGAGAUUUGCCCAAUCAAAAACCCUUAGGAGUCAUCAGAGAACACACAAUGUUGGAGAUACAAAGGAGAUGGUUGGAGGUAGAAGCAAAGCAGGUGGAGGUGAAAACAACAAGGGUGGAGAUGGAUGUCAGACAGACGUGAAGGGACUAACCCCACACCUUUAACAUCCUAUAAGGCAGGGCUGGCCAGUCCUGUUUCUGGAGAGCCACAGUCCUGUAGGUUUUUCCUUCAGCCUCAUUUGUGACUAACCUGAGUCUGCUUUUCAUCCAACUACUAAUUAGAAUCAGGUGUGCUGAAUAAGAGUUGGAGAGAAAAUCUACAGGACAGUGGCUCUCCAGGACCAGGGUUGGCCGGCCCUGCUAUAAGGCCUCUGUAGACUGGAACAGACCACUAUGUAUUCUGUCUACAGUGAAUUGCAUGGAGGUGGUCGAAUAAGAACUGCUGCUGAACAACACUGUCCCCCUCAUCAGCUUAACAUUUUGUUAUUGCAGACUUUAUAAAUAAGCAUUGCAGUAAAAAACAUGAUUCUAUAUUUUUUCUAAGGAUAUUUCAUUAUGAUGUAUAAAGUUGCUUUCACAACUAGCUUGUUUUUUUAGUGCAUUUGAUUCAAACACUGUAUGAUGACCUUGAUUAGGUAAAUUGGUACUUGGUGGCCUACUGUCAAAUGCUGCUGAAGAACCACUUAAUUAAAUUAUUUGGGGACUUGUUAUGUAUACUUGAGAUUUGGUGUUGUCAAGGGCAUUGAGUUUCUAUUUUUGCCUGUAAUAUCUGCCCAGCGAGUGAAAGAUAUUUCCGAACGCAUGGUUUUCGUCUACAAAAUUAGGUAAUCUAGAAUUUGGGCAGUGUGAAAUCCUAUCUUAUAUGAAUGCAAACAGAAGCAUCAACUUGGCUUUGAUUCAGACUAAACUAACAGACCAAUUAGUGAGAAAACAACUCCAAUAAAACGGAUGAUAAUGAUGAUAAUGAUGAUAAUGCCUUGAAUGUGUAGCUUUUAAUAAAAGGGCCUUUUCACGUGGGAUGGAACUUCUGGUACACAUCACAAAUGUCACGACUGAUGACAUGACUGGUCAUUGCAAUAAGGGGUGGGCUUUAGACAAUCCUUUCAGCCUAUCAGGACUGUGUAUGUACAUAUUUUGCAAUGUCUGCCCACUCACAAUGAACACAUCAAGAACCAAGGGGGGUUCAAGCUAUGUUUUGUGAAAUAAACCCACACUGAGAUUUUGUUAUACAAUGCAAUGAUUUAUAAAUACAUUCACAAACUUCUUAGGAGGUUUCAUUAUAAAUGUUCACCACAAAUCUGCAUUGUUUUCAAAUGAAACAUCAAAAGGAAAUAUUGAUAUAAAAUAAGAGAAUUGGAAGUGUGAAAGCUUUUUCAAGGCACUGUAAAGUACUUAUUUCAGUUUCCUCAAACUGACCUUGAGCACCAUCCAGCACCCUCAAAAUAAAAAAUGUUUGCAAAAUUUGUGCAUGGUUUGUGAAACCAGAACUAAUACAUGUGAAGAUUGUUGAAAACAACG